CCCGUCAUACCGACCACGACAACGCGACACAGCUUAGGCCAUGGACGUCGUCGCAGCGGCCCAAUCCUAUGUUGGCAAGCUGCUUGCACAGCCGGGGAUCAAGGUGCUUCUGCUAGAUGAAGAGACGACACGGAUCCUCUCCCUCAUCUCCACCCAGUCUGCCCUCCUCGAGCAUGAAGUCUACCUUACAGAUCGCCUCCGUAACCCAUCGCGCGAGCGUAUGAAGCAUCUCGCCUGCAUUGUGCUCUGUCGCCCAACAAGUCUUAAUGUCUCUGCACUCGCCAAUGAGCUUGCAGACCCGCGCUAUGGGUCCUACUACAUCACUUUCACCAACAUCCUGAGCAAAACAUUCCUUGAGCAGCUCGCAGAAGCAGACAAGCUGGAGCGCGUCAAGGGUGUUUAUGAGCAUUAUCUGGACUAUAGUGCCAUUAAUGCAGACUUUUAUACGCUGUCGACUCAACCACAGGCUGCAACAACGCGGAUAUAUGGUGAUGCGCCACAGACUUGGAACGACGAAGCGCUUAUGCGGUGUACGGAAGGACUGGCUGCUGUCUUGCUGUCGCUCAAAAAGAAGCCAACGAUUCGUUAUGCGCGCAACUCGCCACUCGCGAAACAACUAGCUAUGCAGAUGGACCAAUUGGCUGAACGCGAGGAGAAGCUAUUUGAAUUUAGCAGGAACGAUACACCGCCCAUCUUACUGUUGCUUGAUCGCAAGAAUGACCCCGUCACGCCACUCUUGACGCAAUGGACGUAUCAAGCGAUGGUGCAUGAUCACCUAGGGAUACGCAAUGGCCGUGUAUCUCUUGCGCAUGUCGAUGGCAUCCGGCCUGAACUCAAGGAAAUUGUCCUGACAACAGAAGGAGACCCAUUCUACAUGAGUAACAUGUUUCUUAACUUCGGAGACCUGGGUAGCGCUGUCAAGGAGUACGUCGAGACUUAUCAAACACGCACCAAUACAAACAAGAAGCUUGACUCAUUGGCAGACAUGAAAAAGUUCAUUGAGGAUUACCCAGAGUUUCGCAAGCUGUCAGGAAAUGUCUCAAAGCAUGUCGCUCUCAUGUCAGAGCUCAGCAAAUCGGUUGGGGAGAAUAACUUGCUGGAUGUCAGUGAGCUGGAACAAUCUCUAGCAACCGCAGAUAACCACACCGCAGAUCUCAAACAGCUACAAAGAUUGCUCAUGCUUCCCUCUGUUCCCGCUGUCAACAAGCUACGGCUGGUCUUGCUUUACGCUUUGAGGUAUGAGCAACAUGCACAAAACGCAACAGGCCCUUUGCAAGGCAUGCUCAAGGAAGCUGGACUUUCGCAAGAGGUGGAUGCCGUGGAUCUCCUCCUAGGCACAGCUGGUGCUUCCCAACGGCAAGAACCACUUUAUGCAUCUGGAGACCUUUUCAGUAAAGCACGAAGCGGCAUCAAAGGCUUGCAGGGCAUUGAAAAUGUCUACACCCAACAUCGUCCGCUUCUUGAAUCGCAACUGCUCAACUUAUCCAAGGGCAAACUCUCAUCGCAUGAUUAUCCAGGAUUGAGCUCUCUAUCAAGAGAUAAGCCACAGGAUGUGAUUGUUUGCAUGAUAGGCGGUGCGACAUAUGCGGAAGCCAAAGUCGUUCGGGACCUGAAUACACAGGUGCCUGGUUGUCGCUUUGUACUGGGCGGAACAACAAUUCCGAGUGCGAGUGAUUUUGUGAGUGGGCUGUUGCAGGAUGGCGCGAGCUGGUCUGGUGCGGGUCGGGCGAGUGCCAAGGGUAGAUUAGCAUCCAGACGGCCGUAGAGCUGUCGACCUCCUCUCCCAUGAAGUUGCUGCUGCUCUCCCAUCUGAAUCGCGAUUUUGACUUUCAAGCUGCUGCGAGCCUGCGACAUCACGAGGUGACAGCUUCUGGACGAGUGCAAGCAGAGCAUGAAGCGGGCGGCCUGGACAUGGCUAGACUGGACAACUUACCUCUUCUGCCUCUCUCAUAUCCCAGCGACCUUGUUCGUUGACCUGACGCCCAUCUACCCUGACAUUGCACUCCUGCGGCCGCUGCAAUGGCUGCGUUCUUGGUACCUUA